ACCCCCUUAUGUGGGUGCUGGAGCUGUCCGCAGUACUGAACCAACUUCAAGACAUGCAACCAGACCUAUACUUGCUUAUGUGGGUUACACAGCUCUUGGAAUCUUUGCGAAGCUUUGCCAGGGAAAUUGCUUAAAAGGAAAUGAAGAAGCAAAGAGAUAACAGAAACUGAGAGAAAUGUAACAGACUGCAAUUGUCUGCUAGGGUUGGUGAGCCAGCAUUUAUAUUUUGUGUUUUUUAAAGAAUUAUACCCAGCUUAGUAAAUUAGUUUCUUGUGCAUAUUACAUUGGUCCUGGGUUUACCACACCUUUUUAUGAAGACAGACAGGGACUCAAGCCAUCCGUCCAAUUCAGAAAGCAGGAUUUUUACAGCGUGCUCUACUGCAGGUGUGGGGCUAUGCUGCCUUUCAUUUAGCUUCCCGAGAGGAAAGGAGGAAGAACAACGUCUAAUAUAACCGAACAAUACACAUCAGAUGUCAAAUAAGGAGACUGCUGCAUUAGCACUUAUGUUUUUUUCCCUUCCUGGAUAUUUAUUAUUUCAAAGCACAUGUGUUAAGUGCAGCUUGAACUGGAUAGGAGCUUUUCCUGCAUUACAGCACUGCUAUGUUCUUUACAGUGUUGUGAUUUCUAUGUAAAACAAUAAUAUAACACUUGCAUUCUCUUUUGCUGACCCUGUUGAUGUCAGAUCUUACUUCCUAUCAAGAUUUUGUGAAGAUUAAACAGAGACUGGAUAUUACACUGGGUCUAAAGUAUGCUGCGGAGCUAAAACUCAUUUCAGCUCCCUGGACCUAUGUAGCCCCUGCAGUUGGAACCUAAACGGCAGGAAAGCAUUUUUGGAUUCUUGAUGUCGCCUGACUGUUUCUUUAAAAGGAAACCUUUGUGUUUUUACAUGAGAAGGGCCUGUUCCAGCAAUUCCUGAGUAAUAAGAGUAAAUGGACACAAAUGGUGAAGUCCUAAGUAAACCUUGAAAAAAUAAACCCAAAGAAAUACAAAAGAACAAAGCAUAUGAUGAAUAAAAGAUAUCUGCAGAAAGCAAUUAAAGGAAAAUUACUUAUAAUAAUAUUUAUUGUAACUCUGUGGGCGAAGUUGGCAUUUGGUGUAAUUCAUCACAAAGCUCAGCAUGUUAGAACUGGAACUUGUGAAGUUGUGGCCCUACACAGAUGUUGCAAUAAAAAUAAGAUAGAAGAAAGAUCCCAAACAGUCAAGUGCUCAUGUUUUCCAGGACAAGUGGCAGGGACAACAAGAGCAACUCCUUCUUGUGUGGAUGCGUCAAUUGUCGAGCAGAAAUGGUGGUGCCAUAUGCAGCCGUGUCUUGAAGGUGAAGAAUGCAAAAUUCUUCCAGAUCAGAAAGGCUGGAGUUGUGCCUCAGGGAAUAAAGUGAAAACAACAAAGGUAACACGGUAGCUAUUGACAACUGAGACGUAAAAUCCUGGACUGAGAUUGGACAGCAAUGAAAGAUUUAAAAAACAAACAAACAAAAAUAAACAUUCUGGAAUGCUUGAAUUCAAUUUCAAAAUGCAGAUUUUGUUCAGAAUGGCUUCUCAAGAGAUCAUGUUUUGAUACAAAAAUGAAAGCACAAUUGCCACCAAAUAACUUUCCAUGUUGAAUACUGUGCACCCAGGACUGAGCAAAAAUAAACAGUGGAAAUGUGUUUAUAACUCAAAGAAAGCAAAGUCGAAAUAGAAGUCAACUACAUCUGGAUUCUUUUUUGUUUUUGUUUUUGUCUUCAGUGCUAAUACAGCUGCCUAUAAAUAAACUGUACUAUUUUGUAGAAGAUUUCCUCCAGCAUGACUGAGUAAACCAAUUUGUUUGUCGCUUAACUAAGUUAUGUAAGACUUUGUGUUCAUUAUGAGUAUAAAUAUAUCUAGGUAUAAUGGCAUUCAUUUGCAGUAGGGAAUCAGUUCUUCUGUCAGCUGGGGGAUUGUGAUCUGAAUACACAAUUUGUAUUUCCUUUGUAUCAAAUUGCCCAAUUAUAUUGAAAAGUUUCAUUUUUUAAAAAUCUAUUUUAGAUGCGUUUUGUUCACUUUUGAUAGAUAUUAUAUGGUCCAACCGUAAAGCCUUUUACAAGAUUGAAACUCAUUGGUUUAGGAUAAAGGUUGGUUUCCUGCAGCCAUUUAAAAUGGGAAAGAAUGGAUUGUGGUUUUAGAAAAUGUUUUUAGUGCUUAUUUCAUAAGAGCAUUCCAAAUGCUUAAUGACAGCAUAAAAUGUCUGUUUAAAGUAAAAGGAGUUUCCAAAUCAGAAGCUCAGACUUCAAUCAACAAUAUUAUAUUGACAAAUGUGUUAUCCAAUAUAUCUAUGCUUUAUGCUUUAGCUGAUCGAUUUUGGCUGUACUGCAGUAUAACUAAAUGUUUCAACUUUUUCUAAUAUUCUACUAUCAGUUGCUUGAAGAUGCAGGUAGCGUUACACAAUGCAGCCGGAUCAUUAACCUUGAGCCAUGUGAUGGAUUUUACAUUGCUUUAUAUUGUCAGUGGUUAGUACAUUUACUGUAUCACUAAGCAAAGGAUGCGUACCUUUAUGUGAUGCUCAUGGACAGGCAAAAGGAAUUGUGAUUACAAAUCGAUUGUUGUAUUUAAGAAUCUCAACAGAAUACUGUACAGAGAUUUUUUUUUUUAAACUGUAUCUCAGUUUUAUCCCAUGUUAUCACAAUAUUGAAACCCCCACACCAGAAAAAAUACUUGAAAUAUACCCAAAACACUGUACAGUUAUGGGACUUGUUAUCCAGAAUGCUUGAGACCUGGGGGUUUUCCAGGGAUCUUUCAAUAAUUUCC